UCUUUCUUCUUUUUUUUAUCUCAUAAAAAAAUUGUUUAUGGUUUUUUUUAUAUAUAAUUUGUUGCUGGUUGUAGAUUCAGAAGGAAUUGAGUUAAAUCGAAUCGGAACGACGAGUUUCGAUAUGAUUACUGAGUUGCAAAAGCGAGCUGUGAACUCGGUGGAAAUGAUGAAAGAUAUGGCCGAUGAAGCUUCCGCUGUUGCUGCUACAUCGUCUCCGAAGAACAGAGUGAAGCUCUUGUGUAGCUAUGGCGGGAAAAUCACGCCGAGAGCCGUUGAUGGCCACCUCAAGUACGUUGGCGGUGAGACACGUGUCAUUGCCAUUCCUCGCGACAUCAACUUCUCAGAGCUUAAGAAGAAGCUUAGCGUGGAGUUUGAAGGAGACAUGGUCCUGAAGUAUCAGGUUAUACCUGAAGAACUUGACGUUCUGGUGUCUGUGAAAACCAAUGAGGAUCUGAAGCAUAUGCUUGAUGAAUAUGACCGUCAUGAAAGUGAAGGAACUCCAAAGCUACGAGCCUUCUUGUUCCCUUCAAAUCCUGCUGCAAUAGAAAAAUCUACUCCCAUGGAUCCCAGUGCACCAGAACAACGUUAUGUGGAGGCUGUUAAUGGUAUGGUUCGUCCAACUGGCAGUUUUAGACUUUCCCCUAUCAAUGCAAACCAUCCCUCCUUCAGCCUCUCUGCUAGCUCUUCUCCGAAAAGUACGUCUCCAGAAAGCAACACUGUUGAUUCUGUGCCGCAUGAACCCACCUUCAUGAAUAGCUAUCAUGUUAGUAGAAACCCAAUGACUAGAGUCCAUAGCUCUCCAAGUCUAUGCAAUCUGAACACCGCCCACCACCAUAGCAGCAACCACCAUCUCUACCAGCACCAGCAUCAGCACCAUUACCAUCCCCACCACCAGCAACAUAAUCCAAAUGGUUACCAACCUUCUAGAUCACCUCACGACCCUCACAGGCUAUCACCAUCUUUGCCACUGGGACGGCCAGACUUUGGGAGGGCUCCUACCGGUAUUGGCCUCAACCAAUACUACUCUAGCAGACACAAUUUAGGGAGUGGAAACUCCAGCAAAUAUGGGCACUAUGAUGACUACUCUUCUUAUGGGUUGAGUACAGCUGAUAGAUCAGUCAGUCUUCCCCAGAGCCCCAGCAAUGAUAAUGUGGAGUAGGGCAUCUGACAGAGAAGAUCAGGUAUGCUCUUAUGACUCGCUGCUUGGGGCUCAAAGAUGGUACAGAAGGCAUUUUCUUUCUUCAUUUUAUACUCUCUUUUUUUCUCUCAAAUGGUAAGAACAGCACAUGCUUAACUUUUAUUUUGAUGUUGUAUACGUGAUGAACUUCCAGAAUAUUUUCAGAAAAUGAUGUUAUAGACACAUGUAAAGGGUGUUCUAUUGUACAUUCCAAAGUAACCUAGCAGAACUUCUGAUCUUAUACUUUAAAUCAAAGGAUGAUUUAGUUCAUACACUUGAUGCUAAUGCUGCUUGCGAGUAAAUUUACUUUCUCUUUCAAUUCCAUUAGAGUGUUCUACUGAAAAGCAAUUAAAUUCAUGCGAACUUGAAGCAUCCUGGCCGUCAAAAUUGCAGGAGACUGCGAGAGAGCUGGUGAGCAUAUAAAUUUCUUACAAGAAAUUGUAGGGAAAGCAAUCUCAUUAUAUAAUCCGGAAUAGUAAAAUCUACACAGGUUCAGAGCAUAAAAAAUUGUAGGAAUAUAUUUUUACAAGCAAGAAAUCCUCAAUAGAGUAUAUAAUUCCAUGGAAGCAGCAAAAAUCAACAGUGUCAGCCAUAUACUCUGACGAGCUCCGAACCCAGAACACAGGCAUGCACAUAGAAACUUGUAAAUCAACAGCAUGUUACACUAAAUCUAAGCAAGCAACAAGCAACGUGCAAGGCUUAUACACCCAAAAUUUUAGCUAUUAAAAGGUGGUUGUUGGUGUUUAAUCCUCUCUAUACUCCUGAUUCUCACUUGGAAAGAGCAAAAACGUCUGAAAACUUUGACCCAACUUAACACCAGACCCAAUCCCUACAAAAUCAAUUUCUUAUACGCAUUUUCAUGGUAUAGAAGGG